ACAACUUAAUCAAUUGGUUGUACUUGGUCAAAGUGAAGUAACAGUUUCUUUGAAUAUUGCCCAUUUAUGUCUUUCAUCAAACAAUGUUGGCUCUAAAUGUGCAUAUAAGAACUGAGCCGGAAUUAUUCUCCGAAAGGCCAAUCAUACAAGAGUCUUUUAUUGGUUUAGGGUACCCCGUGUUUCCAUGUUCCACAGCUUGGCCAUCCAAAGUGUUCAGCUUGUUCCGCGAACAAUUCUGUUCCACCCAGACAAUUACACCUGGUACGCUUCCUACCAAACUGAGAGGUAGGAUCAUGGAAGGAACAUUAUUGGUGGGACACCACUUGAAACGAGCCAAGGACUCGACUUUCCAUUGACAAGAGAAGAGACACACCAGCAACACGGUCCAUUUCAGUGAAGAGUGCUUUCAAGGCCAAUGAUAAGUCUAAUAUUGGGGCCAACAUGAUGGCAAGGAUUUUUUUGUCCAACAUGGUUUCCUUGACUAAUGACAGCUAAAAAUCGAGAAUGACGAUGCUAGACCGACCUAGGAGCUUCUCUCUGCAUUCCGGGUUGUCCAUUCCAAACUUCAAUUACAGCCGACAUUCCAGUACGCAUUCUACGCCCAACUCCGCCAAUUUCAACGGAACCACAUUCAAACCUCGCGAUUCCGGACAUCGGAGAUUGUUGCGGGACAUGAGCUCGGAUUUUCCUCGGAAUCUCAACCACUCUUUGCCACCUUUAUCGGGUAAACGAGAGGAGGCCAAGACAAAGCCGCCAAAAUUGGAUAACUUCAUUGAUGUGUCUAUUGAAACCAAAGCGGUUUCACCCAAGAUACGAUCGCUUAGCGGCAAUCCGAGGAAUUUGGCCCGAUCCAGUGUGGGAUCAUCGUUAUCUUCUUCGUCUGUGUUGUUUCCCAAUAUGGCCAAAAGACUUUCGAUUGACAUGGACGAUAUCGAAGAUAACGGGGCACCGGCCCCUCCUAUUCCAAGCUUAUCCUCCAACGAUCAAAGCGACGAUUUCCAAUCCAUAGAUAUCCAUCCCAACUCCUGGCAUAGACCGAAAAAGAACUCAUUCGGGGCAAGCUUCUAACCACUAUCUUCAAUGCUGAUGGGAAAAUAAUUGUCCGAAAUUAUAUACAUGUAUCUAAAAUACCACGAUAUUUCCCGAUGAAAUAAUGGACAUUGAUGCCAAGACUGCGUUGUUGUUUUGAUGUUAAAACAUAGUUGUAUCCAAGCAAUUCACCAACAACGAGCAAGAUUCCAAAGGUUUGUGUGUAAAGUGUAUUAUAUCAGCAGCAGUUGCGUGGAUUCUUUAAGCAAGGUAUGAAACCCCGAGGCAUGAGUCGUCUUCUUCUCUAUUGAACAUCAUCCACGUCUCGUCUGAAUGGUGGCUUCUAUCUUCCUAUCGUCAUCACCUGGAGCCCGUGGCCAAGUCUCAGGCAGCCACAUUAUGAAUCACCAAUCGGAACAUAUCGUGUUGGAUGAAGAACGAAUCAUUGGCGGGUUUCAGAACGAAGACUUGUGUGAACGAUUGGGGUGGGUCCUCAUCCGUCUGUAACAAACAUAUUGGAAGUUGUUUCAUUAACCAUGAGCCGAUUGACCAGAUUAUCUCAAAUAUGAUGCUAAAGUCGCUACUGA